AUGCAACAGAUCUGGCUUGAUAAAUCCGAUUGGGAUGAAUGUCUGAAACCCUUAACCCUCCAUCGAUGGAAAAUAUUCAUAAAGGACUACGAUUCCCUAAAUCUCAUUGAAAUUCCUCGAUGGACCCACUUUUCGACAUCGGCGAUCAUCAAUUUUCAUGGAUUCUCUGACGCAUCUGAAAAGGCCUACGCAGCAGCCCUAUAUAUCAGUGUUUCUACAAACGCAAAUACCUGGACAACCCUUUUGGUAUCCAAGACUCGUGUGGCCCCAAUAAAAACUAUAUCAUUACCAAGGCUAGAACUUUGCGGAGCAGUUCUUCUGGCGAAUCUCGUGGAUGCAACACUACCCCAAUUAAGUAUAACCCAAUACCGUACUCACCUUUGGACGGAUUCCACAAUUGUUCUUUCAUGGCUUAGCAAACCCCCAUGUACAUGGACAACCUUUGUAUCCCACCGAAUUGCCACAAUCGCAGAAAAGGUUGGAACCAAAAAUUGGACUCACGUCGAAAGUCAAGACAACCCAGCAGAUCUAGCUACUCGCGGAAGCACACCUCUGGAAAUGGUUAAUAAUAACCUCUGGUGGCACGGACCCCAAUGGCUAACACUCGACCCAAUACACUGGCCAGUUACCAAAAAAUCAAGCGAUACAACACUGGAACUCCGGCCAAUCAAGACCUUCGUGAAUACAACACAAGAGGAUAUCCUGGAUAGAUUCUCGUCCUUACCCAAAGCCAUUCGAGUUGUAGCAUAUUUGUUACGAUUCUGUUCGAAUGCGUCACCCAAUAAAACACAACAGUCAUACACGACGUUGGAAAUAACUCCAGAGGAGUUCAACACUACCCGCACGAAGCUAAUUAUUUUAUCCCAAAAGAAGUAUUUCCAAGAAGAGUAUGAAGCCUUAACCCAGAAAACCAGCAUACCCAAAAAAAGUACAAUUUUGACACUAAACCCUUUAAUCGAUCCCAAAGGAAUAAUGCGAGUUAAUGGUCGGUUGAGCAAUUCAGCGGCAUUAUCAUACAACGAACGUUAUCCGAUUAUAUUACCCUAUAGCAGUCGAUUAGCCAAACUACUCACCCAAUUUACCCAUCUAAUAACCCUUCAUGGCGGCAACCAGCUAGUCUUACGACUUAUGCGUUCGGAAUUCUGGAUACCGAAGCUGAAAACCCUCAUCAAGUCUACCAUUCAUCAGUGCAAAACUUGCGUUUUGCACAAAAAGCGUAACACUACUCAGAUUAUGGCAGCACUACCCGCAGAACGUACCACCUUAACCCGUCCAUUCGCAGCAACAGGAAUCGAUUUCGCCGGUCCCUAUGACAUAAAAAAUUACACCGGCAGAGCAUGUCUGAUCACAAAAGGUUAUGUAUGCGUAUUUGUUUGUUUUGCAACCAAAGCAAUACAUCUAGAGCCAGUAAGUGAUCUCACCACCAACGCAUUCAUGGCCGCAUUCGCACGUUUCUUUUCCAGGCGCGGAUGUCCCGCCGAUCUCUAUUCGGACAAUGGAACUAAUUUCGUUGGAGCGUCUAAACUUUUAAUUAAAGAUCGGCGAGAAUUCAUGAAGUCAUUGAAAACUCAAUUAACAGCUAGUGAAGCACACCAAAACAUCAACUGGCACUUUAAUCCUCCAGGAGCUCCACACAUGGGUGGACUCUGGGAAGCAGGAGUGAAAAGUUUAAAGAGCCACUUGAAAAAGGUGUCUCAGAACCAGAAAUUCACUUUCGAAGAACUAGCAACCCUUUUAACCCGAAUCGAAAGUUGCUUGAAUUCUCGCCCUUUAAGCCCAUUAAGUGAAGACCCAACAAAUUUAGAACCUUUAACUCCAGGUCAUUUCUUAAUAGGUACCCCUUUAUUAAUCCCAGCAGAACCUAACUUAGAAGAUGCACAUCUAAGCAUCGCACAAAGAUGGCAGAAACUGAAGAUACUCCAUCAACACUUCUGCAAACGAUGGAAAGAAGAAUAUUUGAAAGAACUCCACAAAAGAUAUAAGUGGAAAUACCCUCAACGCAACAUAGACGUUAACGAUAUGGUAGUUAUACGUCAAGAAACUCUACCCCCAAAUGAGUGGAAACUUGGUCGCAUCGAAAAAACGUAUCUCGGUGCAGACAACAAAACAAGAAUAGUUGACAUACGUACCUCUCAGGGAAUAAUUACCCGCCCAAUAACCAAAAUAGUCACUUUACCAAAUAAUUAAUCUUAUUUCCUUAUAGUGACAUGGCCCCUCAAAGCAGUACGAAGUCCAUUUGCAGCCGCCAAAGCAGCCCCACAUUCACUGUGCGAUCCCUCAGCUCGACUCGUAGCAUCAGCCCACUCUCCGACGAAGGAACCCUGGCAAGACGCCUGCAUCGCUUUAAAGCGACCCUUUCCCCCAUUCGAGAGGAGCGUGGAAAUACGAAUCGCACGGCCCGACGUACCAUCAGCCGUUCCUCUAAUAGAGAAGAACGAGGAAGUACCCAUCGCACAGCCCGGCGUACUAUCAGCCGUUCAUCAAAGCGAACGCACAAACACGUCGCCUGUGGAUUGUGUAAAAAAGACCAUCGACUGGUAACGUGUUCAAAAUUCACCAUAAUGAACAUUCGCGAAAAGUUUGACGCAGUCAUUAAACAUAAGUAUUGCGUCAAUUGCUUGGCCAGAUCGCAUUCCACCCAAAAGUGCACAAGUAAAAAACGAUGUGCCACGUGUAACGGGGAACACCAUUCAACCCUACAUGGACACCCCAGGUUGUUUUGCGAAGAGCAAAAGAAAACAGCAAAAGGCAAAAAGCGAUUACACGGACAAGAGGAUCUACCCACGUUACUGGCCAAGCCGACCCUCGUCCCAACCGUCAUGGUCAAAGUGAAACACGAUGGCAAAUGGCACAAAAUACGAGCCAUAAUAAACCCGACCCGAAAAGUGACCAUGAUUGCGUCAGAACUGGUCCAGAGUCUGAGGUUACCGAAAACGUACCUCGACUCGUAUCGUAUAUGUAAAGUCGUAAUCGGAUCAUUAACUGAUUCCGACUGGCACGCCGAAGUUAACUGCCUAUUGACGCAUGAUUUACCGACCCGACCCUAUAAUCGUGACUUAAGUGGCGAAAUCAUUAAAAAGUUCGACCACUUAGUCCUAGCCGACCCUACAUUUUGGAAAGACGACAAAAUCAUGUUGGAACUGGGAGCUGACAUCUACCCAAGAUUGAUGAAACCCGGCUUAUUCAACCCCGAUAACAGCACCGUGAUCGCACAAAACACCGCACUCGGUUGGACUUUAACCGGUGCUUGUGCGAUUUAAAACCCAAAUCUAAAAAUCUUUUUAUUCGCAGACACUGCAAGGCGGCCGGGAUGUUCAUACCAAAUGAACACAUCCCUGCAUUGUCCUCCUAACUCGUCUAAAUACGAAUUAGAGGACAAUGCAAAAAACACCCAACAGCGCCAACAUAACAGCGAAGCACCCAACGAAACAAAAAGACACAAUCAAACCAAUCACCACAGUGAACGGAACGGACAUAGGCGCCAAAAUCAGCAGCAACAACAUCAACAAA